UGAUGACCGCAGUGAAUAAAUAACUUUAUAGACCGCAUUGUAUCGUAAAACUGUAACUUGAAGUUCUACAAACGGGAACUACAACCGAACUACAACUCCCAUGAGUCUCUAGAACUGACGUAACGUCGCUCUCCGCCAGUCUCUGCUGCCUAGCAACAAACAUUAGCGAGCUAGCAAUGCGACCUAGCCACUCUCAUGCGCUACGUCGCUAGCUUGGAUCCUUGAAGAUCGGGGUGGGGGCGAUGCAUUUCGAGCUGGAAAAUGGCACAGAUAUUAAUCACAUAUCGACGCUGAUCUGGUUUUACUUGUUGUUAUGAGGCUUAUCUUAAUGUGUGUGAGUAGUUUUUUUUGCAAGACGAGAGUAUCAGGAGGAGCGUUUUCUCUCCUGAGAAAAGCUAACCUGGGCAAGUCAGUGUCAAGAGUCACUUUCUUCAUCUAAUGGUGUGUGACACCGAGUGACUUUCAACCUGAUUGUAAAGUGUAUUUAUGUGCCUGCAUCCCAUUGGUGAGUAAGAGCUCCGCCCACAAGAAAGUGAGACCAGCGACAGGUCCGUUGCCGCCAUGCUGGAGGAGGACAUGGAAGUGGCCAUCAAGGUGGUCGUGGUGGGCAACGGCGCUGUGGGAAAGUCCAGCAUGAUCCAGCGUUACUGUAAAGGAGUCUUCACCAAGGACUACAAGAAGACCAUCGGAGUGGACUUUCUGGAAAGACAGAUCAUCGUGAACGAUGAAGAUGUCCGCCUUAUGCUGUGGGACACCGCUGGUCAGGAGGAGUUCGAUGCAAUCACCAAGGCGUACUACCGCGGCGCCCAAGCGUGUGUGCUGGUCUUCUCCACUACAGACAGGGAUUCUUUCCUGGCGAUAGACAACUGGAAGGAGAAGAUAGAAGCAGAGGUGGGAGAUAUUCCGACAGUCCUGGUGCAGAAUAAAAUUGACCUCCUGGAAGAAACGCUUAUAAAAAACGAGGAGGCAGAGGGUUUGGCAAAGAGGCUUAAGUUGAGAUUUUACAGAGCUUCAGUAAAAGAAGACCUAAAUGUCACAGAGGUGUUUAAGUAUUUAGCUGAGAAGUAUCUUCAACAACUCAAACUGCAAACAGCAGAGGAGACGGAGGCGGUACACACCACCAGCAAUAAAAUAGGUGUUUUUAAUACCACAAGUAGUAAUGUCUGCAACCAGAGCUCAAGCAACGGCAGAGAAGUCAUCACACUGCGACCUAACAAACAAAGGACCAAGAAGAGUAAAAAUCCAUUUGGGAAUUGCAGCCUCCUCUAAAAGACGACAUGAGCUCAUUUUUGUGCUGACCAUGGACAGGUAGCAGGUAGAAACCAAAGUUAGAAACAGAGACUGGGAAUCAUCUCACUAAUGCUACUUUAAUAACAAUCUUCAUACUUAUUUUGCAUGAUUCAAUAACUACAGUAGAUCCCCCGCCAACUGGGAAUCGGCAUUUAUAGCCCUGCAAAUUUGCUGAUUUUUUUGUGUGUUUUUCAUAUUUUUUUCCUCCAUGGAAUGUUUUUUUCCAGAUAAAUCAUUUCUCAUUCGGUAACAAUUUCUAAAUAUGUGAUAAUACAGGUAAAAUGUACAGCAUACAUAUCCCAGUCUUUAUACUUCAUUGCUAUGUUGUUUCACACUUUGUUCGGCUCAUUCACUCGUGGUGAGAACCAUUUAAACUGGAUUAUGCAUUUAGACCAGGGGUGGGCAAACUUUUUGACUCGCGGGCCGCAUUGAUAUAACAAAAUUUCCGGGGGGGGCAGACUAUAUAUUUUACACGUACCAGUCCACCUGGUAUUAUUGUAUCUGUAAAAUUGUCAUGCAAUCUGCUAUUAUUAUUUAUUAUUUUAUAUUUAUAUUUAAAUAUUUUAAAAAUAAUAAAAUAUUAUAAUAAUUAAAAUAAAAUUAAAAUAAUAAUUAUUAUAUUAUUAUUAUUAUGUAAAAUAUGCAAAUAUAACAAUGUUAUUAUAUAUAAUUAAUAUAAUAAUUAGCAUUAAUAUAAUAAAUAUAAUAAUCAUAAUAGUUAUAAUAAUAUAAUAAUAAUUAUUUUAAUUUUUAUUAUUAUUAUGUGCUUGUGUCUCUUUUUUCAGGAGCACUUUGUAAACAACAGACCAUGUCAAACAACGAAAUUGAUACAACCAUCAAAAGGUUGGCUCAGGCCAUGAUGCCAGGUUGUAUGUUGAGUUUAAAUUAAAUACUUUGGAAAGAUUGGGCGGGCCGUAUUCAAACACUUGGCGGGCCGGAUGUGGCCCCCGGGCCGUAGUUUGCCCACCCCUGAUUUAGAUUGUUAGCUUCCCUCAAUAGUGAACAAGAGAGCGUUCUGGAGCUGAAUCUAAUCGAGUAAUUACUUUUAUUGCAAGUGUUGAUCUGAAAUCAGAGGACAAUGUCAAUAUCCAGCGGGCAGGAGGUUUCGGAGGGGUGAUUUGUGUGUGACAUUUUUUUUAAAAGGCAUAUCAAUUACUCCAUUAUAUGUGUUGAACAGCACAGCUGUGGAAAUUGGGGAUCUACUGUAUUUUUAUUGUCAUCUGGUGUUUAACUUUUAACAGCAUAUAAUCCCAUUUAACAACAUAAGCCCAUUUUGACCUUCUCGUGUUCCCCUCCCCUCUCGUUGUUUGAUUGGUCAUUGUUUUGCUGCAUCUUUGGAUGUACUACCCGAGACAUGCUGAGUAUUUUAAUACACGCACCAGUACGCGUACGGUUUCCCUCCUGAAUUCAGCGUCAGUCGUACGGUUAGAUGUAUUUUUAUACAACUCAUACAAGUGUUGAGUGAUGCUAUAUUGAAGUGUUAACAGCUUCAUGGUGCCAAUGACUUUAUGUUUGGAUUUGAAUGUAACUUUUAAAUAAUCAAUUGCGCUAACCAAAAAUAUGUGCUUCACGCUGUCGAUUUAUUAAGCACAUUUGAAGGGGGAGUUCCAUCCCAAUGUACGUGCAAAAAUGGGCAAAAUGGCAACAGACACGCAUGUGGCCCACGCAGAUUAUCAAACCAUCAAACCGGCUGUACAUACGUAUGGCGUAUCUGAUGUGAAUGCGUCUUCGGCUUCCCCCGGCUAACACUCUGCUUCUGCUAGCAACCAUAGACGUAGGAGCUGCAGGCAUUUUGCAAUCGAAGUGAGUGGGCUGCACGAGCCUCGUAUAAUGCCCACGCACGAACGUCCCCGGUGAGUGAAACAUACGAGCGCCUUACAUGAAGCGCACGAGUCACACGAUGCAUUCAUCACCUUACGUCCUCGACGUGUUGUCCACGUCCAACAAAUUGUGGCGCCUGUGCGUGUGGUAACAUGUACGUCGGGAUGUAAACGCCACCCCAUUUAACGUUCAUUAACAGGAGGCUGACAUACUUGCAUGACAUUGCUGUUUUUUUAAUUUGAGUAACAAUGGAACCUCCAAAGUGCAUCCAUCUAUAAAACUAUUUGCACAGUAAUACUGACACCUAGUGGUGUUUUAUAGGUACUGCUGGAAUGAAUACACGUCUUGUCAAAUUGAUUUGUGUAAGUAGUGAAUCUUUAUUAACCGUGUACAGACACAUCCUGUGAUAAAUGGGAGUAAGUUUUCUGUUCUAUGAUUAUCAUCACACUUUUCCCCUUUGCCAUCACCGGCAUCACAACUAAUGGACAAACAUGCAUGUGCAGUUCAUCCUGAAUUUGGGAAAAUGAGAUCACUUGCGGGACCUUGGUUCGAGGUAUACUACUGUACUUUAUGGGUGUUUGACUUUGGAGGUUCUAAUGUUUGGUACAACUUUAAUUGGUAAUGGUUUAAUUUCAUUUGAAUAUGCAUCAGAUUCCAAUUGAGUGCAUCCCAUAAUCAGUUCCCAGUUCCACAUGUCCAAAAGGAGUAGGAAGAAGCAAAGCUUAUUAAAUCCUACCCCUCCAUCUGGUACUUUUACAAUCACUAACUGUUACAUUUGUUCACUUCCUGCUUUCCAUAAUACAGUUUAAGGUUUUUUUUUUGUUUUUUUUUUUAAUAAUGCACCUCGUACCGAAGUACUCGGUGAUAUGAGCAUCCAAUGCCAUAAUGGGUACCAUAGUGCGUGUCAAUAUAGUGAUAUAUAUAGCACAUCAUGACUGGUUCAAGACUCUUCAUCCUUGUAUUUAGCAAACAUCAACUGCUUGUAUUGUUUCUUGAAUUGGCUCAUCGUUGUGCAUUGUUUGAUUUCCUUACUCAAUCUUAAUUAAUCCUUUACCAAGCACACUUUAGACCAGGGGUGGGCAAACUUUUUGACUCGCGGGCCGCAUUGAUAUAACAAAAUUUCCGGGGGGGGGGGGGGCAGACUAUAUAUUUUACACGUAACAGUCCACCUGGUAUUAUUGUAUCUGUAAAAUUGUCAUGCAAUCUGCUA